AUGAGUACAUAUUUUAUACUUUCAUAUUCAGAGUAUCAAAUAGAUUACAUCGCGAAGAAAGAUAAAUGCAAUAGAUGUGAUCUUACUCCAUCAAGUACUAGCAUUUCUACAAAUAGAGAUAUGAUAAUAACAACAGCUUUUAAUAAAAUCAACAAUUUCAUUCCAUUUAUCAAUUCUCUUCGCACAUUUAAUAAUGAAUGUAGAAUAUUAGUAAUAACAGAUCGCCAUACAUAUCGAAAAGCCGCUAGUAUUAUCAAAAAAGCACAAUGCGGAGUAGAAUUUUUAAUAAUUCCGUAUAAAUUCGAAGACAAAAUAGAUAUUUGGUUUUACAGAUGGGCAAUUAUCGGUGAUUAUCUCCUACAGAAUCAAAAAUACAUCGAUAAUGUCAUUCAAAUUGAUUUAUUUGAUACAAUCUUCCAAUCAGACCCAUUUUCGCGCUUUACAGGCGGUAAUAUAUUUUAUUUAUGCCACGAAGAUGCAAAUUACUAUAAAUUAUUUAACGAAAACGUUUGGGUCCAAUACGAAUUUGAAAAUACUUGUAGAUAUACUAAUGACAAGAAUUGUCCCUAUACUAAUUAUACAGAACUAAUAAUGAACCUUCUUCCAAUUAAUGCUGGCAUGGAAGCAGGAAAUGUUAAGAAUUUUAUAAAAUUUACACAAAUUAUGAGAAAAUACGGUAAUGAAACGUCUCGCAAAGGUGCUGGAGAUGAUCAGCAUUACCUUACUUUUAGUAUGGCUCUUGGACAUUUUAAAAAACUCUUUAAAUACAAAUUUCUUAAUUAUUCGAAUGAUUUCAUGCUUUCUGGAUUCAGAUAUUAUAUAGGUCAUCCAGAAAGAACAGAAGGACAGAAGUUUGGGAACUGGUCCGUUGAAGGAAAAGUUCCUGCAAUUUAUCAUCAAUUUGAUAGAUCAGAAUAUUACGUAAACCAGAUUAGAAAGCAUUGUCACCUCACAGGUAAACUAGAACAUCAUGUUCAAAUGAAAUAA